AUGUCCAACAUUCUCCGCAGACUCCAGGGCGGAAACCUGGAAGUCUUCAAGUUUGGCGUGUACAUCCUCUUCCCCAUCGGCUGGAUGUACUACUUCGGCACGAAUCUUGACGAUCGCUUCAAAGUGAAGGGCUUCUGGCCCACCGAAGAACAAUCACACAAGAUCCCUCUUGAUAAGGAGGAAAUCGAUCAGGAGUUGGCGCGCAUGCGCAUGGUUGACACUAUGCGACGGGAGCGUCAGGCCGCCGCUCAGGCUCAGAUCCAGGCUCAGCAGGCCCAGACCACGAGCACCGAGCAAUGA